GUGUGAUGGUGUGGUCGGUGUGCGUCUUGUGCCUCUGCAAUUUCCUGAUUUUUAACUAUUGGUACUUAGUCCCCUGUGGGACUGAAAUCCAGGGCCCAAACAAGGAAAGAAGUAUCAGUUUGUGCAGCUUGGUCUUCUCAACGACUGUCAUCAAAUUGAGAAGCCUUCUCAAGUACAAGAGUGGCUUAGAUAAAGAUAUUGAGAUUGCUUCUACUUCUCGUGCUACUUCUACUUCUACAAUAAAUGCAACACUGCACCAUAAAUCGAAGAUUUAUGAACAUAGCAUUAAAUUUGAACAACAAGUUCUAAAAGAAUUAAAUGUCCUCAAUUUAAAACUGGAUGGUAUUUCUGAAUGUGUAAACGUAUUGAUAAAUAAUACAGCAAAUAAAACACAAACAUCGACGAGUAUAUCUUACGAAAUUCCUGAAGAAAUCCUAGAAUCACUUCCAGUCAAUGACCAAUCUUUAGUUCAAUUGGAGAAUUGGUUAAGUUGUGAAAAAAAUAAAACAAUCUUGUCUCAAAAUUUAAGUCGUAUCGGAGGAUUUAAUGUGAAAGAAAUUGUUAGAAGAAUAAUGUAUCGUGUUUUUACUAAUGAAGUUGGCAUGUGUUAUUCCUGGGAAGGAGCUAAAAAGAAAAAAAUUUUUUUAAAUUUAGCUAUUGCAACUACUAUUUUGUCUGCUGUAUGACUUAACAAAAAUGCUCAAAACUGUACAGACAUAGAAAUAAUAAAUUUUAUAAAAGCAUGGCUGGUUAGGAGCAAGGAUCGCUUUAAUAAUAAUAAAAAUAAAGAAAUAAUUAAUGAAGAAAUAGAAGCAGUCGAUGAAAAUUUGGAUGUACAAGCUACACAGCCUAAUGAAUAAUUCAAAAAGUGAAAUAAGAAAAUCUGCCGUACGACUUUACAUUUAGAGAACAAUAUUUAGAAAAGGCUUUCAAUGCUUCUGAGGCGACUCUGACCGAAACUCCGGGUAUGGUAAAAAUGGAGCCCGAUGAGCAGUUCGUACAACAGCGGGAUGUCAAACCAUAUUCCAUUAGAAUGGUAUCCAGUAACAAUCCUAGCAGCCUCGCGAUCGAAGAUAAUUCUAAGUUAAAGUCUAAACGGAACAUUGGCAACAAGCUAAAUACCAUCCUUCAAGGUUAUCAAAGACAACAAAGACAUUUGGAAGAGAAAUUCAAGCAAGCUUCGGACAUGAUGGCACGCGACAUGACGUUUCAAGUAACCUCAGAGAAGUACAAGAUAUCGAUCAGCACUAUUCGCUUCUACAUAGUCAGAAAGGGCAUUCUGCAGAGGAGAAAACGCGCGGCCGUGGCUCCAGUAAUCUCAGUAUGAACAGUCAACCGAGUAGCCCCAUCAGUCUACUGUAUCAGAUGAUGAAUUAUCGUUUGUCAGAGAGCCUAAAUUCCAGCCUACAGUAGUGCUGUACAAAAAA